AAGAUCGGAUCCAAUCCUCUCCUCCCCCACCUUCUCUCCAUUUUCUUGCCUCUACUAAAAAAAAAAAAACAAAACAAACAAACAAAACAAUUUUUUAAUUCUUUUCUUAGACAGAGCCAAAGACCGAGAGAGAGAAAGAGAUUCUGGGGUUUGUGUUUUCUUCCUCUCUUCAUUGAAAGUUCUCAUCUUCUCCUCUGAUUCCUUGUGGGUUUUUGAUCAAAUGGGUAAUGUGACAUCAAACGUGGCGGCAAAGUUUGCCUUCUUCCCUCCAGAGCCUCCAACGUACCGUGUAACGGACGACGAAGAGACAGGGAAGCUGGUCUUGUCCGGAGUCUCGCAAGACAAGAACAUGGAAGUCCAUCAGCUCACCACAAAGUCUGGUAACAAAGUCGUUGCCACGUUCUGGAGACACCCUUUUGCGAGAUUCACGCUUCUCUAUUCUCAUGGCAACGCAGCUGAUCUUGGUCAAAUGGUUGAGCUCUUCAUUGAGCUCCGUGCUCAUCUCCGCGUCAACAUCAUGAGUUAUGAUUAUUCAGGAUAUGGAGCUUCAACAGGAAAGCCGUCUGAAUUCAACACAUACUAUGACAUAGAGGCAGUGUACAACUGCUUGAGAAGCGAUUAUGGGAUCAAGCAAGAGGAGAUUAUUCUGUACGGACAGUCUGUAGGAAGCGGGCCAACGUUGCACAUGGCUUCAAGGUUGAAGAGGCUGAGAGGAGUUGUUCUCCACAGCGCCAUUCUCUCUGGCAUUAGAGUCUUGUAUCCUGUCAAAAUGACUCUCUGGUUCGAUAUCUUCAAGAACAUAGACAAGAUUCGCCAUGUCAACUCCCAAGUUCUUGUCAUACAUGGCACAAAGGAUGAGAUUGUGGAUUUUUCGCACGGGAAGCGAUUGUGGGAGCUGGCUAAGGAGAAGUAUGAUCCGUUGUGGGUGAAAGGAGGAGGUCAUUGCAACCUGGAGACUUACCCCGAGUACAUCAAGCACCUGCGCAAGUACAUAAACGCAAUGGAGAAGCUCUCUCUAACCAAUCCACCGCCUAAAGAGCUAACUAAUGAGCCUAGUAUCACCGAGACUAAGCACAACCGGUGCUUGAGAUUUAGGAAAAGGUAGGUUUGGUUUCUGGAGGUUGGUUAGUAGCAGAGAAGCAGAAGACCAUUCAAGGAAAUGCUUGUGCAGAGUCAUUUCCUCAAGAGUGAUCCAAACCAAAGCAAACACAGAGAGUCACAAAGACUGUCGCAAGGGAGAUCAUCUAGAGAGGUGUGUGUUACUACCGUAAAAUGUAGCCCUGUCCUUAGGUACUUGCGCAAUGUUAAAUCUUCUGUAAAAUGAAAUGUAAUGUAGCACCAAGUUUGGGGUUUUCAUCAAACAUUAUUACUUGUAGGAGAAGCUAACAGAAAAAAGAUGUACUC